UAGUUAAAUUUUCUAUGGUAGAUAUUGUGCAAAAAGAAGAUGAAGAUAACCUAAAUCUAAAAAUAAAAAUUAAAAAUUUCAUUUCAAUUUUCAAUUUAGAUUUUGACAAAAUGGGUAGAAAAAUUCCAGGAAGAAAACAUCGUGGUGUAAAAGAUCCAGAGCAACAGGCAGCUGCAAGACUCAUCAGUGUCAAGGACAAAAUUAAUGCUCCACCAACAGAUCCAGAUGUUCAAGAAGUAUCUAAAAGUCUCCAAAGAAUAAUUAACCUGAAGAACAAAACAAAAAGUGGCGAUUUUUCCAUAAAAAAGAAACUAAAAACCAUCAAAGAAUCUGAGGAAAAUGAAUCAAAGCCGAAGGAAAAAAAGUUAGUAGAUCCACUGUUCCAACAGCAGCCAAAUGAAUCUGAUAGAACAUUUUUAUUUCGUGUCAACAAAAUAUGCGAGAACGUAAGGAGAGAAGCAGCAUUUGCAGAUAAAUACGGAGUAGAAAUAAAAAGGGACGCUGCGGGUGAGGUUAAAGUCGUAAAAAGGGAAAAAGACGAAUUAGAGCUGUUAAUUAAGAAGGUAAAAAAAGAGAAAGCAAAGAAGAAGACUAAGAAGAAAAACGUUGAAAGUGAUUCUCCCAAGCUCACAAAAUCUCAAAAGUGGGAAAAGAAAAAGAAGGAAAAGAAACUGCAGAAGAGACUGAAAAGUGCCGAUGAAUUUGAGCCUGUAAAGGAUACAGUCAAAUUUGGCGAAAUCGCCCACGCUCCUCCAACGUUGACGCUACCUAAAAAGGUUGGGAAAGUUACACCACGACCUGGAGGGAAAAAACUACUAUUAUCUGCCAUUGUAUUAAAAUCUGCCGAGGAAUCCAAAAGGCAACCAGUAAAAGAAAAAGAAAAACUGCAAAAAGUGACCAAGAAAACCAUCGAUAAGAAAGGGAAAAGAAAGGACUUGCCAAAUGCUGUUCGAAGGCAGCUUGAUACGCAACAGAAAGAAGUUAUAGGCGCUUACAAGCGACUUAAAGCAAAAAAACGCUCCGACAGUUGAUGAAUCAAGAUUUGGAUAAAAUACUUUUACCGUCAAGCGGAAGAAUUUUUUUAUAAGCGGUUAAUUGUAAAUAAACAAAACAAAAAUC